AUGCCACUUAGAUUCAUUCGUAUGAAAAAGCCAGGGAUUGAUAUCGACCCUUUGCAAGCAGCAAUCACUACUACGGCUUUCGCCAGGGAUCUCAUGGCAACCAUGCAGUUUCCUCCAGCCAGUGCCGCUGUCUCAGUCUUGCUACUCAUCUUGCAAACUAUCCAGAACAUUCAAGUUAACAAGUCCGCCUGUGAUCGCUUGGCGCGUCGUGCUGUACAAAUACUAAUUGACAUCGAUGAACAAAUGCGUGGACGAUACCAUGAAGCUCCGGGGUCACUUCUUAGGAAUUUGGAAAGGUUUGAAAGCACCCUGAUUUCUAUCCAUCAGUUCAUGAGAAAGUUGGCCGAUUCAAAGUGGAGUGAUAGGUUCCUGCGUAAGUCGUCGAUUGACGACGCUCUGGUCGAGUACAUGCACAUGCUUGACGAGGCAGCGCAGGCUUUUCAGGUAGCCCUUGCGACGAUGCUCGCUACUCUUAUCAAUAUACACCUCGCCGUGAACUCACUGAGAGGAAGUACUGCUUCGAACGCGACAGCUGAAAGAGUCAUCGAUGCUCCACUUCCGCCUGCCUAUCAUGAGGUUUUGAAUAAACCAGACUCGGUCAUAGAGAUACGAAGCCCAGGGAUCGUCAAUGCAGCUGAGUCUAUAGUUGCUGAAUCCGAUAUUCCGGUGACGGCAGGAGGGGAACCCUUAUCACCAUCCGAAAACAGAUUUACAGACCAUUAUCUCCCUGCGGAACUGUUAUCAUUGACCCUAGAAGAUGACCAUGGGGUUAGCAAUAAUCAGAGGUUAUCUUACGCGGCCGGUCUCGAUUGCAGGACGGAUGGUGGGCUGGUGCAAUGGAAGUCCAGAAUGUUGCUCAAAUUGGGUUUUCAGAAAUGGCUGCGAGACGUCAAGAUGCUGCAGAAUCUUUAUCACCCCAAUUUACCUCAGAUGCUUGGGUUUUCGGAUGAACGAGCCCCAACUCCUUUUAUCUUGCUAGCGAAUGUUCAGACGCAGAGCCCUCAAGCUCUGGUUCGCGAAAUGCUACGUUCAUCAAGUCUAGGGACCUCGAUAGAGCUCAUGUUGCGUUUUUAUCGCGACCUUGCUGACACAGCGAUGUACGUCCAGAGACAGCUCAGCCUGGAUGAGAAUAAGGUUCAGGAUUUUAUCGAGGCUUCCUCAUUGCGAGUCGAUUCUCUCAAAACUCUUGUGGUUGGUCUGCCACCUCCUCGGGACGGCGAGUGGUAUACUGCACGAAACUACGGGUUAGCGCAUACAUUGCUAGAUGCAUGUUUGCGAAUGUUACCAAACAACGGGCACGUCACGUACUCAUAUGACAGAGGGGAGGAAUUUGUGACGGAAGAGAUACAAAAGAAAAUAAACCACCUCGUCACUUUGGCACGAGCCCUGCUUCCCAGCGGAAGGCAGUCUCCCGUACUCCCAAUACAGUUAGAAGCAUUAAUCGAAGAAACGGAGUCUAAGACUUCUUCACUGACUCUGCGACAGAUACGAGACCUCACUUGGAAUGCUGAAGGCGCUCAUGGUCAUACAUGGUAUGAAAAGAACGUGCCGGCUGAUAAGUUCUCUGUCGGUGACAUCGGCUACAUUCCGGUUGGAGGAGACUUUGAAUCCUUCGUUCUUCUCAGCAACGUCAUCAAAGACGGAAAAGCUGCAUUCAGCCUGUCUCAGCGAUCGCACGGCGAGCACUGGUGCUGGGAGCAUAUCCCGAUACACAGACAACCUCUCCAAGCCUACGAGCUGCCUGAAGCUGUCGCAGGGUGGCCCGUCGCAGUGCCUCCAUACAGUCAGAUUGAUGUCGUGGUGGUGCAUGAAGCCUAUCUUUCUUGUGUCAAGGACGCAUGGCAGUAUCUAUUGAGGAACGGCAAGGGCCACGCGGCCGAUGGUGGUAUUGAGCCGGAGGAUUUGAUCCUUGUGACCCAUGUUGGAACCCAUCAAGAUUUUUAUGUCAGGGAUUUUCGAUCAAAAACUAUUAUGCCGCAAACACAUGUAGCAAAUCCCCGGUUUGCUGCGAAUCAGUUCCAUCACCAAGGUAGGCACGGCUUUCACCAGCCACCAGGCUUUGGGUUUCAGAACCAUGGCGUUCCGUUCAACCAACCCGCCCUUCCUGCGAUAGUUUAUCUAUUAACCUCGUUGGAUGCUAAUCACGAACCACAUUGGUCGCCUUCCCCAGUGUGUCUGCCAAAAAUGUCGCGUCAACCUCUGGCACGACAUUUCACGACGAAGGUUGGGCGGAAAACUGGGUUUUUGAACUAUGUUCAACUUCACGCUGAGGACUUCGAUAGCACCUGA